AUGGAGAAAAGCAACUUUCGGGCGCGAAGGCCACCAUCGCCGCCGCCCAUGCAACCUCAAGUACACACGCAGCGUUUUCCGUAUGCGGCGAAGGAACAUAUGGAUGCCGAUGAACGGAGAGCGGCAGCUUCCAAAGGUGCUGCACCAAAGCCAAGGAAUUAUCAUCCACCAGGAGGACUGAAGCUAACAAUGGGCGAGUGGAAGUUGCUUGCAUUUAUCAUGGUUAUUGCGGCCGGUGUCCGACUUUUCAGGUUAUCCAGACCCAAUAGCGUGGUCUUUGAUGAGGUGCACUUUGGCAAGUUCGCCUCAAAAUACAUCAAAACGCAGUACUAUGUAGACGUUCAUCCACCCCUCGCCAAGUUGCUCAUUACGCUCGCUGCAUUUAUAUUUGGAUACGAUGGUCAUUUCGAUUUUAAGGACAUUGGGAAGGUCUAUGAGGCCGGUGUGCCUUACGUCGCAAUGCGAAUGGUACCCGCCACAUUAGGCUUAUUCCUGGUUCCGUUAACAUACCUUACCCUUCGUGCACUGGAUUGUCGUGCAACGACUGCUCUGCUUGGUGCCUUCUUCGUCACAUUUGAGAAUGGUCUCAUAACUCAAUCAAGGCAUAUCCUUCUCGAUUCCCCUCUCAUUUUCUUCACGGCUCUUGCGACAUUCUUUUGGAUCGGCUUCUGCAAUGAGGAUAAGCAUAAGCCAUUUACACAGAAUUGGUGGACAUGGCUCACGCUUUCGGGUCUCGGUCUGGGUGCCGUGGUCAGUUGUAAAUGGGUCGGACUGUUUACAAUAGCUACCAUUGGAUUUUCGACGAUUCUACAGCUGUGGCGUCUUUUAGGUGAUCUUCGCGUGUCUCCUCGUCUGUUCAUAAAGCAUUUCCUCGCAAGAGCUCUUUGCCUCAUUGCUGUCCCAAUCAUCUUCUACAUGAUAAUGUUUGCGAUACAUUUCCAAUUACUCCAGAGCUCUGGUGAUGGCGACGGGUUCAUGAGUUCUGCAUUCCAGCACACUCUCAGUGGGCGCGGUAUGCAGGACACUUACGCAGAUGUCGGAUUUGGCUCGGAGGUAUCCAUUCGGCAUUUGAAUACUCAGGGUGGUUAUUUGCACUCGCAUGCGCACGACUUCCCGACUGGUAGCAAGCAGCAGCAGAUUACUCUCUAUCCGCAUCGCGACUCCAACAACAACUGGCGUAUCGAGAACGGCACCGCUGAUGUGUUUGCAGAGGGGGAAUCUUGGGAAACUGCUCCACUCAAGUACCUAACAACCGGUUCUGUCAUUAAAUUGCAGCAUCUUUCGACAGGCAAGCGUCUUCACUCCCACGACGUACGCCCACCUAUCUCCGAGGUCGACUUCCAGAACGAAGUCUCCGGUUAUGGUUCUUGGACAUUCCCAGGCGAUGCAAAUGACAACUGGGUAGUCGAGAUUGAGCACGGCGCGAGAGAGGAUUCAGAAAGCUCAAAGCGCCUGCGUACGCUGAGGACCGUAUUCCGGCUUAGACACCAGCUCCAGAAUUGUUAUUUGUUCUCGCAUAAAGUCAAGCUACCGGACUGGGGAUAUGAACAACAGGAAGUAACGUGUAACAAGAACGCGAAGAAGGCUAAUAGCUUGUGGUAUGUAGAGACUGCUAUGCAUCAUCAAUUAAACCCUGAUGCAGAAAAAGUCAACUACAAGCUACCAGGUUUCUUUGGGAAAUUCUUCGAACUACAGAGGGUGAUGUGGAUUACGAACGCAGGGCUUACGGAUCGCCACACCUACGAUUCGAGACCGAGUGCAUGGCCAAGACUGCGUCGUGGCAUUAACUUCUGGGUCAAGGAUCAUAGACAAAUCUAUCUUCUGGGUAAUCCUACAGUUUGGUGGCUUAGCACGUUAGCCGUAUUGGCAUAUGCAGGAGUGCGAGGUAUUCUCAUCCUUCGUCAACAGCGCGGUUUCCGUGACUUUGAGAACACACGAGUAACAAAGUACGACAACAUGUGUGGAUUCCUCUUUAUGGGCUGGGCAUUGCAUUACUUCCCCUUCUACUUGAUGGCUCGGCAGCUCUUCCUGCACCACUAUUUCCCAGCGCUUUGGUUUUCGAUUUUGCUGUGCUGCACUGUCUUCGAUCUCGUGACGUCUUCACUGCGUCCACGAGUGCGCCUGUAUAUCGCCGCAGGAAUGUUGCUUGUCGCCAUCUGGAGCUUUAGCUACUUCAGUCCGCUUGCAUAUGGCGGGCCAUGGACACGUGGUGCGUGCGAGAAGGCGCGCUGGCUCAAGACGUGGGACUUUGCAUGCAAUGAUUUCCCUAUCGACUAUUCUGCCUAUGAGGGCCUGGGUGUUGGUGGCACGGCGAACCCAAUGACAAGUGCUGCGAUUCCCGCUGCGAGCGUCGUUGGCGGAGAGGAAGCCGGACGCGCUGCGGUUGUCGUUGAAGGAGAUGCGAUGGGCAAGGUACCUCCAGCUGCGAACGACGCGGAAACGACGACGGGUCGGGGAGCGGUUGCAGAGCCGGGUUGGAAUGCGUUCGGCGAAGAGGCGAAAGACAUCAAGAGUCAUGGGCGGCCCGAUGAAGGACAGGGGCGAAGACCAGAUGUUGAGAAGGAGAUCAGCACUGUGAUGGUUAAUCCAAGCGAGGGGACGACGACGGAGACUACGGCCACGGUAGAGCCAGGCAAGGAAUCCAUGGAUAAUGACGCCUUGUCUGGUGUUGACCCAGUAAAAUCAGAAAAUGGUGACGUUAAGGAAAAUACGGGCGAUACUGGUCCGGAUCCGUUAGAACAUGACGCGCAAGAGGCAGAGCUUGCGCGUAAUGACCUCUUCGCAGAUGAGGCGUCUUAG